AUGCACUGGGCGUCACACGUUCCGCGACCUAAACCUGGUCCAGACUGCCAGGAUUUUCGAAAGCUGAACCGAGCAGCUGCUAAGUGUGGGGUCAGGCAUGCCCGCGACCUGGCAGAUUUCAGGAAAUCAAAUGACAUCAAGUUGGUGCCCCCUGGCCCUCUCGGCGUUCUUCCCAAAGUUAUCCCUUCGGACGUGAUCCCUUCGUUCGCGUAUGGCACCAAAUCGCGACCCUCGACUCCUAUAACCCAUGUCAUUGGCAACCAGUAUGCCACAGAAUCAGAGGAGGCUUUGGCAGUUCACUACCGCGUCUUGGAGGAGAACCAGCAGAAGCAGGAGCGACGGCUCAUAAAGCUGACGAAGGCUUCAAAAGAGCGCAUUCAUGAAGCACGCCAAAGGAUGAAGGAGUGGCGAAACCCACAGGAUCCAAAAGAGCCCUUCAAGUUGACGAAGUUCAAGAAGGUGACCUCCAAAUUGAAGCUUCCUGGCCUUCGUGAGUGUGCUUCAGCUCCAGCUCUUCAGCGCUUGCCUGAUGAGCAGCCAGAGGCGCUAGGGCACACUGUGCCCGUUGCCGAGGAAGUUCCUGAGGAGUGA